CUUGGAUGCAGCUGCUCGGCCAUGGAAACCCAUUCCAUGAAGCUCUCUACGCACUGUUGUUGGGCUCAUCUGAAGGCCACACCAAGUUUGGAGGUCUUUAGCUAUUGACUCUGCAGACAGUUGGCAACUUCUGCGCACUGUGCGCUUCAGCAUGCGCUGACCCCGCCCUGUCAUGUGACGUGGCCUACCACUUGGUGGCUGAGUGGCUGUUGUUUCCCAGUGGCUUCCACCUUGUUAUAAUCCCACUAACAGUUGAGCGUGGAAUAUUUAGUAGCCAGGAAAUGUCACGGAUGGACUUAUUGCCCAGGUGGCCACCUAUCACGGGACCACGCUUGGAGUCACUGAGCUCCUGAAAGCGACCCAUUCUUUCACCAAUGUUUGUAGAAGCCGUCUGCAUGUCUAGGGGCUUGAUUGUAUACACCUGUGUCCAUGGAGGGGAUUGGAACACCUGAAUCACAUGAUUGGGAGGGGAUUGGAACACCUGAAUCACAUGAUGUGGAGGGGAUUGGAACAAAUGAAUGACAUGAUAUGGAGGGGAUUGGAACACCUGAAUCACAUGAUAUGGAGGGGAUUGGAACUCCUGAAUCACAUGAUUGGGAGGGGACUGGAACACUUGAAUCACAUGAUAUGGAGGGGAUUGGAACACCUGAAUCACAUGAUAUGGAGGGGAUUGGAACACCUGAACCACAUGAUUGGGAGGGGAUUGGAACACCUGAAUCACAUGAUUGGGAGGGGAUUGAAACACAUGAAUCACAUGGUUGGGAGGGGAUUGGAACUCCUGAAUGACAUGAUUGGGAGGGGAUCGGAACACAUGAAUCACAUGGUUGGGAGGGGAUUGGAACAUCUGAAUCACAUGAUUGGGAGGGGAUUGGAACACAUGAAUCACAUGGUUGGGAGGGGAUUGGAACUCCUGAAUGACAUGAUUGGGAGGGGAUCGGAACACAUGAAUCACAUGAUAUGGAGGGGAUUGGAACAUCUGAAUCACAUGAUUGGGAGGGGA